AUGUCUCGAGAUAACUCAGUGACGAUUGUGAUCUUAUCUCGAGGAAAGUGCGGUCUCUCCAACUGUGUCACUCGCUACUUGGUGGCCAUGGCGGCGUCAGAUCUACUGGUCACAAUCCUCGACCUGAUAUUGAGACAAAUUCCGAUUGUUUUUGAGGAAGAAUUUGUUUUCCUGGAGUCCAUCCCCGUGUGUAACAUCCACGCUGUCCUGCUGUACGCAGUCACCGACUGUUCCGUCUGGUUCACUGUCGCUUUCACCUUUGAUCGAUUCAUGGCCAUUUGUUGCCGGAAGCUGAAAAGUAAACAUUGCACCGAGAGAACGGCGGCUGUGGUUCUGGGGACAGUGACAGCGCUGAGCGGUUUGAAGAAUAUUUUCUGGUAUUUUAUGCUGACAGGGAGUUAUGUGCUAGUCAAUCAACCCUGGUUUUGCCUGAUAGCAUUGUAUGCUGAUUUCUCACCGGUCUGGACCGCAAUUGAGUUCCUGCAUCAGAUCCUGACACCCUGCGUCCCGUUUGUCCUGAUCCUGCUGCUCAAUGUUCUCACUGUCAGACACAUCUUAGUGAACAGCAGGGUCCGCAGGAGGCUCCGGGCUCCCAGCUCUGGGGAGAACACCAGAGACCCGGAGAUGGAGAGUCGAAGGAAAUCCAUCAUUUUGCUGUUUGUGAUCUCGGGGAAUUUCAUCCUGUUAUGGUCGACCCUAAUGGUUUAUUCCAUCUGGAUCCGGAUGUCUUGGAUGGGUCAUCAGUCCGUGUACCUACCUUAUUUUAUGUUGGAGCUGGGCUUCAUGCUGCAGCUCCUGUUCUGCUGCACAAACACUUGUAUCUACGCCGUGACCCAGUCCAAGUUCAGGAAGCAGGUGAAGGUUAUGCUGAAACAUCCCUUUGCCCCAAUCCUUCAAUUCCUGAGAAAGUGA